UCCACCUUCUUUAACGUGUCAUAAACAGAGAAAUCCGGAUGGUAACGUUAGGAUACAUAGAUAUAAACAUUUAACACAAAUGAAUCGGGGGAAUUUAGGGUUGUAAAGGAAAAUAAACCAUGGAGAAUAUUCAAAGUCUUCCCAUUGAUAUUCAGACCAGUAAGCUUUUAGACUGGCUCCUGGAUCGACGUCACUGUGACGUGAAGUGGCAAAAUGCGGUGAAGGGAAUCAGAGAGAAGAUCAACGCUGCCAUUCAGGACAUGCCCGAGAAUGAGGAGAUCAAGCAGCUUCUGUCCGGCUCCUACAUUCACUACUUUCACUGCUUGAGGAUAGUGGAGAUACUGAGGGGAACUGAGGCUUCAUCAAAGAACAUUUUUGGCAGAUAUUCAUCUCAGAGGAUGAAGGACUGGCAGGAGAUUGUGUCCCUUUAUCAAGCAGAUAAUAUCUAUUUGGCCGAAGUGGCCAGCUUGUUGAUUCGUAACGUCAGCUACGAGGGUCCGGCCCUGAGGAAGCAGCUGGCCAAAGCUCAGCAGCUCCAGCAGGAGCUCAGCAGGCGGGAGGUGGAGUGCCAGAGCUCUGCAGCAGAGCUGAGGGAGAAAUACUUUACGGCCUGCAAACAGUACGGCAUCACUGGUGACAAUGUUCCUCGAGAGCUUCAGGCUCUGGUGAAAGACCUGCCUUUGGUCCUGGAGGAGGUGGGAAAGGACGCGGCAAAGCUAGAGGAGCAGAUUCAGCUUUACGCCGCGUUCACAAACUUUGUGUGCGACUGGUCCGGACCAGUCCUUCCCAUGCUGACGUUUGCCCAGAAGAAGGGGAAUGCAACGUUUUAUGAGUGGAAAACAGGAAGAGUGCCCACAGUUGUUGAGAGGCCGGUGGUGGAGGAAGCUGCUCCCGAGGCAGCCGCAGACGAUGCGAUUGACUGGGGGGACUUUGGGAGAGGAGCGGACUCCCUGGGUCUGAGUGCAGGCAUCACAGUGGAGGACGGGAUAGACUGGGGCAUCAGUUCAGAGCCAGCGUCUGAGGACACCGGUGCAGACGCCAUUGACUGGGGUGACUGCGAGGCGCCUCCCGUUGAGAUUGAAAUCGUAGAUACAGGCACAAACUGUCCUGAGGGUGUGGCUCGGGGGGAGGACGCUCUGAGCAUCCUGGAAAACGCUCAGUCACGCAACGAGUUCAUCGAUGAGCUAAUGGAGCUCGAGGUGUUCCUCACUCAGAGGAUAACUGAGAUGGGAGAGGAGGGGGAUGUGGUGGCUAUGAGCCAGUUCCAGCUGGCCCCCUCGGUCAUCCAGAACCAAACCCGCGAGCGUGUCCGGGAGAUGCUCUCCGAGGUGCGAGAUCUUUUGGGCCGGCUCACCUCUCUGAGGAUGCAGCACCUGUUCACCAUCCAGGCCUCGCCACGCUAUGUGGAGCGAGUGUCGGAGGUGCUGAGACAGAAGCUGAAGCAGGCAGACAUCCUGGUGCUGAAAGCUGCCACCAUGGCUGAGAGGAGGCAGGAAGCCUUACAGGAGCAGUCCCGGCUGGAGCCUCGUGUUGACCUGCUGGCAGGCCGCACCCAGGAACUCCAGAAACUGAUUGAAGCCGACAUUUCAAAGCGAUACCACAACAGACCCGUGAACCUGAUGGGAGUUCAUAUUUAGUGAACCUCAAAGAAUGUUGUCGUGGUCCAUGAAUACAAUUAAAAAGUGGUAUUUAAUUGAAGCCCUUGUGGUUUGAGGGUUUUGUUGAUUAAUGCAAAAACAGAGAGAGGAUCCGGAGCCUAUCCCAGCUGUCAUUAGAUGAGAGGCGGGGUUCCACCUUGAUGGGUCAGUACAUCACACAACCAUAUCACCUACUCUAAUGGGCAAUUUACACUCCCCAUUUAACCCAACAUGCAUGUUUUGGAGGGCGAGAGGAAGCAAAAAAAAAAAAAAAAUGCCCUCAGGAAAUAAUCUAAUUAUCUUUUUAUCAAACCUAUCACAGCCCCACAAUAUUCUUAAAUAAUACAUCAUAAAUAAAGUGUAACCUACAUUUUACACAAACAAGAUGAGGAAAAAGCGAGAACAGCAAUAUUGUUUAUAGUUUUCUUGAAGGAUAAUUGAGCCUUUUUAAGGAAAAAUAACAAACAAAUCUCUGCAUCUUGUUAUGUCUCAUCCUAAUUAUUUUGUUUAGAUAAAAAAUAUACAUGUUCGAAUAAACAUGAGGAAAUGUAUGAUUGAUAUCAAACUCA